AUGUCUUGGCAAGCUUACACUGAUAACCUUUUGGGAACUGGUAAAGUCGACAAAGCCGUCAUAUAUUCCAGAGCCGGAGACUCAAUUUGGGCUUCUUCUGGUGGUUUGACUUUGCAAGCAAAUGAAAUACAAGAAAUUGCUCAAGGUUUUGACAGUCCAGUUGGUUUGCAGAGCAACGGUUUACAUAUUCAAGGCCAAAAAUUCAUGUUGUUGAGAGCUGAUGAUAGAAGUAUUUAUGGUAGACAUGAUGCUGAAGGUGUGGUGUGUGUAAGAACAAAGCAAACCAUCUUGAUUGCGCACUAUCCUCCAACUGUUCAGGCCGGUGAAGCUACAAAGAUCGUUGAACAGUUGGCUGAUUAUUUGAUCAGCGUCCAAUACUAG